AGUCUUCUCAAGGCCCUCUAAGUGUAUGACACGCAGCAUUUUUUAAUUUCAACCUAACAUCUACCUGUAUAAACAAUCAACAAUGAUUUUUACGAAGGACUUUAAGGAUUUUUAGUGUUGUGAUGUGAGAAGUGACUGUUCUGUGGUUGUGUGACCAUUCUUAGGAUACUCUUUAGUGACUAGAGGCAAAAUGCCGAAAAUAUUCUUGAUUAAAAAUAGGUUGCACCAGCAACAACUAAGACUUGAGUCCCAAAAUGCUGGAGACGCGAAAACUGAUCUUGGAAUUGGUGAUUGCCAGCCUCUUUCGUUGAUAGUCCAGAAAAAAGACGAUCAUGACAGGAAGCAAGAAGAAAGAACCAAAUCAAAAACUCCUCCCCCGGAAUCAUCCAAACCGUCUAAUAUACCCCCUCGUCGGUUUAUCUCCUCCAUUCUUGGCGGAGAUAAACCGUAUGGAAGCAGAGGUCACGUGCUCACACGGGCUGAACGAAAGGAAUACCCAUCUCUCUUCAAACAAGAAAAAGUCACACUUCCUCCCGCACAAAAACCGUCAGAAGAUAAACCCCGUCCAGCAAAUUUGGCUCCCAUUAGACAGUUCUCGGUGAUACAAAGAACACCCAAGUCUACGACGAAGAGGGAGGAGGAUACAGAUACGCGAGUACCUACGAAUUUAAUUAUACAGGAACCUGAACAAGAACAGCCUAUUGAUUAUCACAUACCUAAACGGAGGGGGGAGACGGAAAAUGAGGAAGAGGAAAGACGAAUUCGGGAGCAAAGGAGAAGUCAUUGUUCGAAAGUCAGCAAACCGUUAAUAUCUGUACGAUCGCUUGUCGGUAAACUUCCCGUUACGUUAUCGGCUGCUGCAGGUCAUGGAAGAGGAGCCUCUGGGAACCAGUCCUCGGGAAACCAAUCCACUAAUUCGUCUUCGGGUGGCGGUAGUAUAAAUUUCACCAGUGGUUCGUCUGGUGGCGGCGGAGGUGGAGCCAUGGGAAGUGGCACUGGCGGCGGUGGUAUGAAUCCUGGAAGGGAUGGAAGACAAAACUACGGGCCCAGUAGUCCACCUACUGGAAGUUUACCGCCAUUCUACGAAUCUUUAAAAGGCGGUAAUAACAGCAACAGUUUUCAAUGCAAAUGGAAACUUUUCUUCAAAUUACAUCCUUUCUAAUCAACAAAACAUGGACUGCGAUACAGGACAAGACCUAGGAAAUUUGACGAUCAAUGGAAACCAAAGUCCUCCGAAACAAUAUUCAACGCUUCAAAAUGCUUCUUAUGGGAUAGUAAUGAAAGACGAAAGUGACAUAGACAUAUACGAAACAAAGAUGGAUCCCAUGAAUCAACUUCUGCCCAGUGGAUAUUCUAGUUAUGAUGAUUCAAUGAUGGUUGACUUAGUCACAGGAACUGUUGUAGAUCCUCUGCAGUUUACAGCGACCUUAACAUUCUCCAGUUCGGCAGAAAAUGCCUUAUUAGAAAACUUUCCUGACGCCACUGAUUUAUCAAGUUUCCUCCAGCGACUCCCAAGUGAAGAAAACGACAGCGAAGAAGUCGGACCUGGAAGUAUGCAUUCUCCUUCGAUGACUCCCGAUUCCCAGUUACAUCCAGUCGAUCAAAAUAUUGAUUCCUUUAGCGAACAAAUGUUAAACAGAAACUAUGAAAACCGGGGAGGCUUUCCGCACAAUCACUUCUCUAAAAUCUACCAAGACCCUUUGCCGCCCUACCAAUCUCCCCUGCACGACAAUUCUCUCCAACUCCACCAACAGCAAAUGCUUUCACCUACUCUUUCGUUUAACGGCAGCGGUUUGGAUCUGGAUUCACCGACCACGAUGAGCCUGCCCUCGCCUGGAGCAGCGAGUUGUUCUCUAGAUGGACCUCAUGGAGACGGAAGCCCUAUCAGUCCACCAUCUAACUUGGGAUUACCAGCAGAAGUACAGCUGGAAUUCGUAAAUGGAGGACACGGUAUCAAGAAUCCAUUGGCCAACCAAGACACUGUACGAAGCACCACCAGAACUGAUGAUAAAACCAAAGUAGCGUCCAUAACAACCGAAGACGGUCAAACCAACUUCGCUUGUAGGAUAUGCAACAAGACUUUCGCUCUACAACGUUUGUUGAAUAGGCAUAUGAAAUGUCACUCGGACGUGAAGAGAUACUUGUGCACGUUUUGUGGAAAAGGGUUUAAUGACACCUUCGACUUGAAACGACACACGAGGACACAUACAGGUGUUCGACCUUACAAAUGCAGUCUUUGCGAAAAAUCUUUCACGCAGCGCUGUUCCCUAGAAUCACACUGUCUGAAGGUGCACGGAGUCCAGCACCAGUACGCUUACAAGGAGCGACGUACAAAAGUAUACGUUUGCGAAGAGUGUGGCCACACGACGAAUGAACCUGAAGUUCACUACCUUCAUUUAAAAGAAAAACACCCAUACAGUCCUGCAUUGCUCAAAUUUUAUGAUAAGAGGCACUUCAAAUUCACAAAUUCCAAUUUUGCAAACAUGUUGUUGCAAGUUCGUACCUAGUAAGACUUCAAUAGAUGGUUGAGUGCAGGCCUAUAAAAGCAAUAAUAUAUUUACAUGAAUUUUUAAAAACGAAUUACAAGUGAUCAUUAGAAAUAUUUUUUAUUAGAAGUAUUUACCAAAGAAGUAUCUUUUAUGGUAUAUUACAAUGUAUGAUUGUUUAAUCUUUAACUUCUUGAUUCAUAAUCUUUUUAUAUGUGUAAGUAAAUUUUGUUCUUAAAAAUUAGUCAUUCAGGGAGUAUUUAACAAAUUCAUUCAUUCAAGACUCGAAUAUUUUUCGAAAAUUUCGUUUUCAAAUUUUUUUUAUGUUACCGAAACCUCAUGUAGUUUUAAGGUGUAAAAUUUGCUAUAAGCAAGGUAGAACAAAGGCGAUUAAAUAUUUAAUUCUUUUGGUAUAUUCUUUAUUAUUAUACAGCGAGAGAAUAAAGUCUUACCUCCCUGUAAACUCGUUUAUUUCAACGAAAAAACAAAUCUGGUCGUGCACGUCAAUUUUUAAAUUUUCAAGUAAGCACCAUAUCAUUAUUUUUUUAAUGGUCAUGACACUUCCUUUCAAAGGUUGUAAAAAUGUUAUUUUAAAAAUUUAAUAUUUUUCACUAUAGUCUAGCAAACAAAAAAAUGAAAUUAAUCAUCCAAAAUCGCGUGUUGUAACUGGUCAAAAGUAGCCGAAAUCACGUGUCAAUGAAUGAAAACGUUAAUUUGGAAGAAGUUUAUACAUCGUUUAUUUCUGACAAAAAUUUUAAUUCUCUUGAAUGGGUCAAAAUAACCAUGUUAAUCUAUUUAAUAUGUUUACACGGCAAAAUAUAGACACAACAGAUGAAUCAACAGCCGAAUCAGCAGCUAAAUCAACGAUUGCUACAACUAUGCAACAAAGCAAAUAUUUUCAUUUUACAAUCGUCAAUAAAAUACUGAAAAUUCCGCCAAAGGAAGAACUGGAAUACAAAGUAAACGUUUAACUUGCAUGGUAUGGAACAGGAAUGAUAAUACACCCAAAAGAAUAACCC